CUGCAGAGACGCGCCAAAACAAGAAAACACAGGUCUCGCGGAAAGCACAAGACAAGCCUUCCAAAUAACAGCAAUACAUUUACAAAUGUGGCUUUACGCGUUUGUUUGUAAAAGUUGAGUGGCUGUUUAUUUAUUUCACUUCACUGCACCCGGACAAACCGCGGUAGAAGAUGGUUUUGCAAAACAGCGGACGGUACAGGACGGACCGAGGGCAAAGUGGAGAUCAGGAAAACCAGGAUGAUGGCUCCUCGAUGUCGGCUCUCAAGCGGCUUGAGCGCAGCCAGUUCACCGACGACAUAGACGCCCGCUUCGGCUUUGACAGGGUGAAGGAGCCGGGAGAGAAAACGGGCUGGCUGAUCAAUAUGCACCCUACGGAGAUCCUGGAUGAGGACAAGAGAUUGAUCAGUGCUGUGGACUAUUAUUUCAUCCAGGAGGAUGGGAGCAGGUUCAAGGUGGCUCUUCCCUUCAAGCCUUAUUUUUACAUUGCCACUAAAAAGAACUGCGACAGAGAAGUCAUCUCAUACUUGUCCAAAAAGUUCCAAGGAAAGGUUGCAAAGCUUGAAAUUCUCCCAAAAGAGGACCUGGACCUGCCGAACCAUCUAGUUGGCCUGAAGAGAAGCUACAUCAAGCUGUCAUUCAACACUGUGGAUGACCUUGUCAAAGUCAAGCGUGAUAUUGCUCCAGCUGUACGCAAGAACAGAGAGAGGGAGCAGUCCAAUGACGCAUACACCUCAAUGUUGUCAAGUGCCUUAGCAGGCGGCAGUGUGACCUCAGCAGAUGAAGAUGGGAUGUUGAAGAGUAUUGCAGAUCAGUUGGACAACAUAGUGGACAUGAGAGAGUAUGAUGUGCCUUACCAUGUACGAGUGUCCAUUGACCUCAAGAUUCAUGUGGCUCACUGGUACAACGUUCGAUACAGAGGCAGCGCUUAUCCGCCAGAGAUCGUACGUAGAGAUGAUCUUGUGGAGCGACCGGACCCGGUUGUUUUGGCUUUUGACAUUGAGACCACCAAACUUCCACUCAAAUUCCCAGACGCAGAGACGGAUCAGAUUAUGAUGAUCUCCUACAUGAUAGAUGGACAGGGUUUUUUAAUCACAAACAGAGAGAUUGUCUCUGAGAAUAUUGAAGAUUUUGAGUUUACUCCCAAACCGGAAUAUGAAGGGCCUUUCACUGUUUUUAAUGAAGAUGAUGAGGCUGCCCUCAUUCAGAGGUGGUUUGAUCACAUACAAGAAACCAAACCAAACAUCUUUGUAACCUACAACGGAGACUUCUUUGAUUGGCCUUUUGUUGAGACUCGGGCCACCCUCCAUGGACUGAGCAUGCACAGGGAGAUCGGUUUCCAGAAGGACAGCCAGGGGGAGUACAAGUCCAGUCAAGCCAUCCACAUGGACUGCUUAAGGUGGGUAAAGAGAGACAGCUACUUGCCGGUUGGAAGUCACAAUCUAAAGGCAGCAGCAAAGGCUAAAUUGGGCUACGACCCAGUGGAGUUGGAUCCAGAGGAGAUGUGCCGCAUGGCAACUGAGGAGCCACAGACCUUAGCAACCUACUCUGUGUCAGAUGCUGUGGCCACAUAUUACCUCUACAUGAAAUAUGUUCACCCAUUCAUCUUUGCGCUGUGCACCAUCAUCCCCAUGGAGCCUGAUGAGGUGCUGCGCAAAGGUUCAGGAACUCUGUGUGAAGCCUUGCUUAUGGUGCAAGCCUUCCAUGCCAACAUUGUGUUCCCCAACAAGCAGGAGCAGGUCUUCAACAAACUGACAGAUGACGGCCAUGUCUUGGACUCUGAGACCUAUGUGGGCGGACAUGUGGAGGCGCUGGAGUCUGGAGUGUUUCGUAGUGACAUCCCCUGUCGUUUUAAAAUGAACCCUGCUGCUUUUGACUUCCUCCUGCAAAGAGUUGAGAGAACAAUGCGUCAUGCUAUUGAGGAAGAGGAAAAAAUCCCUCUGGAGCAAGUUACUAACUUUAAUGAGGUGUGCGAUGAAAUCAAAAGGAAGCUGACAUCCUUAAAGGAAGUUCCAAACAGGAUUGAAUGCCCCCUCAUCUACCAUCUUGAUGUCGGUGCAAUGUACCCAAAUAUCAUUUUGACCAACCGCCUGCAGCCAUCAGCUAUGGUUGAUGAAGCUACAUGUGCUGCCUGCGACUUUAACAAACCUGGUGCUGGCUGCCAGAGGAAGAUGGCCUGGCAAUGGAGAGGAGAAAUCAUGCCGGCAAGUCGCAGCGAAUUCCACCGCAUCCAGCAGCAACUUGAGUCUGAGAAGUUCCCUCCAUUUUUCCCCAACGGUCCCCCUCGGGCUUUCCACACUCUCAGCAGGGAGGAGCAGGCCAAACAUGAGAAGAAACGUCUGGGAGACUACUGUAAGAAGGCAUAUAAGAAGAUCCACGUCACUAAGCUGGAGGAGCGAGUUACCACCAUCUGCCAGAGAGAAAACUCCUUUUAUGUUGACACAGUCAGAGCUUUCAGGGAUCGGCGUUACGAAUUUAAAGGACUUCAUAAAGUGUGGAAGAAGAAACUGUCAACAGCUCAGGACAAUGGAGAUGCUGCUGAGGUGCAGCGCUGCAAAAACAUGGAGAUUCUCUACGAGUCUCUUCAGCUGGCUCACAAGUGUAUUCUAAACUCUUUCUAUGGCUACGUCAUGAGGAAAGGGGCCCGCUGGUACUCCAUGGAGAUGGCUGGUAUUGUGUGCUACACUGGAGCCAACAUUAUCACUCAGGCCAGAGAGCUCAUCGAACAAAUAGGGAGGCCCCUUGAGUUGGACACUGAUGGAAUCUGGUGUGUUUUACCCAACACCUUCCCUGAGAACUUUGUGGUAAAGACAAGUAAUGAGAAGAAGCCCAAGGUGACCAUCUCCUACCCAGGGGCCAUGCUGAACAUCAUGGUGAAGGAGGGAUUCACUAACGAUCAGUAUCACGAGCUGGUUGACCCCGUAUCUCUCAAUUACAACAUCAGGUCAGAGAACAGCAUUUUCUUUGAAGUGGAUGGACCGUACCUGGCAAUGAUCCUGCCCGCUUCCAAAGAGGAAGGCAAGAAGCUGAAGAAGAGGUACGCUGUGUUUAAUGAGGAUGGGUCUCUGGCCGAGCUGAAAGGUUUUGAGGUGAAGAGAAGAGGGGAGCUCCAGCUCAUUAAGAUUUUUCAGUCAUCUGUGUUUGAAGCUUUCCUCAAAGGCACCACUUUGGAAGAAGUCUAUGCAUCUGUGGCCAAAGUGGCCGACUACUGGCUGGAUGUGCUUUAUAGCAAGGCUGCCAACAUGCCAGAUGCAGAGCUGUUUGACCUGAUUUCAGAAAAUCGCUCAAUGUCCAGAAAGCUUGAAGACUACGGAGAGCAGAAAUCCACAUCUAUCAGCACAGCCAAGAGACUGGCAGAGUUCCUGGGAGAUCAAAUGGUGAAAGAUGCUGGUUUGAGCUGUCGCUACAUCAUCUCCCGCAAACCCGAAGGUUCCCCUGUCACAGAAAGGGCUAUUCCUCUGGCCAUCUUCCAGGCAGAGCCAAGUGUGAAGAAACAUUUCCUUCGAAAGUGGUUGAAGAUGCCCAGCCUGCAUGACUUGGACAUUCGCUCUAUCCUUGAUUGGAGCUAUUAUAUCGAGAGGUUGGGUAGUGCUGUCCAGAAAAUCAUCACCAUUCCUGCAGCUCUGCAGCAGGUGAAGAAUCCAGUUCCCAGAGUGAGGCAUCCUGACUGGCUCCACAAAAAACUCCUUGAAAAAAACGAUAUCUACAAACAAAAGAAAAUAAGUGAGCUGUUCACCUGUGAAGGCAAGAGAAAGGUAGCUCAUCAGCCUCUAGAAGCAGGCCAAGCUGCAGACAUAGAGGACUUUGGGAUGCCAGCUAGACCUCUGCAGCCAGCCAUCCUCAUCAGCACCAAGCGGAAGCGGGCUUCACAGGGAGGUGACAGCCAAGUGGAGUCUCAAGAUGUCGAGCUCACGCAGUCCUGGAGAGAAAUCUUGGGACCUCCUCCACCUUCAGGAAAGACAAGGGAGGAGCGUUUAGUGUGGCUGCGCUACCAUAAGAAAAAGUGGGAGUUGCAGCUCAGGCAAAGGAAGGAAAGAAAGAAGAGGAGGAAGCUCCUUGAUGGUGAAGCUCAACCCGUUGGUGGGGGGGUGAUCAGAGAUGGCCCAACCACCGGCUUGGGAAGCUUCCUCCGCAGAACAGCACGCAGCAUCCUGGACAUGCCAUGGCAGAUCGUGCAGAUUGCUGAGACCAGUCACCCUGGUCUGUACAAGCUGUGGGCUGUAAUUGGAAAUGAUCUCCACUGCAUGAAACUCAAUAUCCCACGAGUCUUUUAUGUCAACCAGAAAAUCCCAAAACAGGAGGAAGGAGCCACAUAUAAAAAGGUGAAUCGCAUGCUGCCUCGCUCUAACAUGGUGUACUACCUUUAUGAGUACUCUGUACCAGAGGACAUGUAUCAGGAGCACAUCAAUGAGAUCAACGCAGAUCUCUCUGCACCAGAUAUCGAAGGGGUCUAUGAAACACAGGUCCCUUUGCUGUUCCGUGCACUGGUGCAACUCGGAUGUGUGUGUAUGGUCAACAAACAUGUUGUGAGGGAUCUGGCCGGCAGGGAGGCUGACACGUUUGAUCUGGCUCACCUGGAAAUGAGGUCUCUGGCCCAAUUCAGUUACCUGGAACCUGGGAGUGUUCGCCACAUGUACCUGUACCAUCACACCCAGGGCCACAAGGCUUUGUUUGGCCUGUUUAUCCCCUCUCAGCGCAAAGCUCAUAUCUUUGUCCUGGACACAGUUCGAAGCAACCAGAUGCCCAACCUGAGUAACCUCUACACAGCUGAGCGCACCAGCCUCCUGGAGAAGACCACAGAGGAGCUUCUGCCUCCAGAGAAACACACUUUCGAGGUUCGAGCUGAAAAUGAUAUGAAAGCUAUCUCCCGUGCACUGCAGCGCAUCCUGCUAAACUACAAGGAGGAACGACGUGGGCCUACCCUCAUCGCUGUUCAGUCAAACUGGGAGUUACGUCAAUUGGCAGUAAGGAUGCCAGUGUUUGAGGAGUUCCCAGUUGUUCCAGUACACGUGGUGGAUGAGAUCAGCUAUAAUGUGCUGGACUGGCAACGCCAUGGAGCCCGGCGCAUGAUCCGACAUUAUCUCAACUUGGACAGCUGCCUGUCACAAGCUUUUGACAUGGCCAGGUAUUACCACUUACCCGUGGGAAACUUGCCCCAGGAUGUGUCCAUUUUUGGCUCAGACUUGUUUCUGGCUCGACAUCUACGGAAACACAACCACCUGCUGUGGCUUUCACCCACAGCCAGGCCGGACCUUGGAGGGAAAGAAGCUGAUGACAGUCGACUGGUCAUGGAAAGCGAUGACAGGUGCUCUGUGGAGAUCAAUUCUCAAGGAUGUUACUCCACAGUAUGUGUGGAGCUGGACCUGCAGAGCUUGGCAGUGAACACCAUCCUCCAGUCGCAGCAUGUCAAUGACAUGGAGGGUGGAGCCAGUCUAGGCGUCAGCUUUGAUGUGAUCCAGCAGGCCUCACUGGAGGACAUGAUGUCAGGAAAUCAGGGUGCAAGCGCUCUGGCUAGCUACGAUGAGACAGCUCUCUGCUCCAACACUUUCAGGAUCUUAAAAAGCAUGGUGGUUGGAUGGGUCAGGGAGAUCACACAGUACCACAAUGUGUAUGCAGACAACCAGGUGAUGCACUUCUAUCGCUGGCUGCGCUCUCCAAGCUCUCUGCUGUAUGACCCAGCACUGCAUCGCACCCUGCACAACAUGAUGAAGAAGGUGUUUCUGCAGUUGGUGGCAGAGUUUAAACGUCUGGGUUCAACUGUGGUGUACGGAAACUUUAACAAGAUAAUCUUGUGCACUAAAAAACGGAGGAUUGAUGAUGCCAUUGCCUACGUAGAAUACAUCACCAACAGUAUACAUUCUAGAGAAAUCUUCCACUCCUUGUCCAUCUCCUUCUCACGAUGCUGGGAGUUCCUGAUGUGGAUGGACCUAGCCAACUAUGGAGGUGUGAAAGGGAAACUGCCUUCCAGCAUCUUGUAUGGAGAGGAAGGAGCCAAACAAAAAAAAAACAGUCGAGGGGAGGGAGAUGAAGAUGGCAGCGAGGAUGAAGAUGAGGACAAUGUUGAAGAAGAUGACAGAGAUGAAGAGACUGAUGAAGUGGAGGAGCUUAUUGAAAGCAGUUGGAAUAUCAUGCAAUAUCUACCCCAAGCAGCCUCCUGUCAACAAUAUUUUCUCAUGAUUGUCUCAGCCUACAUUGCUGCAGUAUACCACAGCAUGAAAGAGGAGCUGAGACGUAACACUCCUGGAGCAACACCAAUUAAAAGACGUGGAGGCAGCCAGGCUUCCCAGCAGGUGCUCGGGGACGUAAACGCUCUUCCAGGGAUGAUCUCUUUCUCCCAGGAAUAUGUGGCCAGUGAGCUGACACAGAACAUUUUCACCAUCACUCAGAAAAUUCAGAAAAAGGUGACGGGAACCAGGAGUGUGACCCAGACCUCAGAGAUGUUCCCCGUCCUGCCUGGGUCACACCUGCCGCUCAACAACCCUGGACUGGAGUUUAUCAAAUAUGUCUGCCAGGUUCUUUCACUCGAUGCCAAUAUUGUGAAUCAGGUGAACAAGCUGAAAAGAGACCUCCUGCGUCUCGUGGAUGUUGGAGAGUUUUCAGAGGAAGCCCAGUUCCGCGAUCCCUGUAACUCCUACAUCCUGCCAGAAGUCAUCUGCCACCACUGCAACUUCUGUCGGGACCUUGACCUUUGCAAGGACCCAUCAGUGGCACAGGACGGGUCUGUCUUGCCUCAGUGGUUCUGCUCCAACUGCCAGGCACAGUAUGAGACCGAGUCUAUUGAGAUGGCUCUGGUAGAAGCGCUGCAGAAGAAACUUAUGAGCUACACACUGCAGGACCUGACAUGUACCAAAUGCAAAGGGGUGAAGGAAGCUAACAUGCCCCUCUACUGCGGAUGUGCUGGAGACUUCGACCUCACUUUCUCAGUCAAGAGCUUCUCUGAGCAGAUCACUGUGUUUCGGAACAUAGCAUCCCACUACCACAUGAGAUUCCUGGAGGAGACCAUCGACUGGCUGCUUGUGAUGAACCCCCAGAUCAGCCAGAGUGCUCAGUAAAAGCAGCAUGUGACAUGGGGGUCCAACACUUCCUGUGCAGCAAGGAAACACAAUGCUGAAACUUGAUGCAUUUCACCAGCCUUAAUGUCUGUGACCUUUGCCAUUACAUAUGAGGACACUGAUGAAGCAAGCUGGAUAAGAAAUGUGAUCUCUGUAUAUGUGUGUGAUUUUUUUCUCAUUCAAGCUAUGUAUUAAAUGAAUAUUUUCUAAUU